AUGGCCACGGCGAUGUCUGGUAUAGGGAAGAUGGUGGCCCUGAAGGUGUACGUGCUGCUGUUCACGGCCUUCUUCUUCUCCGGGCUCAUGCAGCUCUCCAUGGCACAGGACAAACCGGCGACGACGACGCGGGUGGUUGAUGCGAAGGCCAUUGAUCAGGCGAUCGCGUACUUGCUCAUGUUUGCGGCGCUGUUCGUCACAUAUUUUGCCCACUGA